UGCAACAUCAGCUUUUCGAGUAAGCGAAAUUCGGACGAAGGAAUUGGAUUUGGUGUCAAGGAGUUUGGACGGGCUGGUCGAUCAGUUGCAGAACAGAGAAGGCCGAUCGCCUGCAAAAUGAAGUCCGCCGUGGGGAAGGUUGUAAGUAACAAAAUGCAGAAAUCGGUAGUUGUUGCCGUCGAGCGCCUGACGCAGCAUCCUCUGUAUCCGAAGUUUUUGAAGAAGACCAGUAAAUUCAUGGCUCAUGACGAGAAUAACGAUUGUAAUAUCGGCGAUCAGGUUAGAAUCACGCCUUCCCGACCUUUGAGCAAGAGGAAAACUUGGGUUGUUUCGGAAAUUAUCAGAAGAGAGCAUAUUUUUGAGGCUCCAUCACCAGGUUCACAAACCACGGCUGCUGCAGCUGCAGCUUCAUCUUCUUCUACUGAAGCAAGCAAACAGCCAGAAGCUGCACAAGAGACAGCUAAAUAAUGUUUAACCUCGCCCGCUGCCCUGCUAAACCUUCUGACCUUGCAGUGUCCUCUCAUGAGAAGCGACACUAGCAGGGUCAUCCAAUUUUGUGGUCGGUUAGACAAUCCGGUCUAGACUUAAUUGUGUACAAAGUUUAGAAUUAUACAAGAUGAAUUCAUCCCCGCCCCUGGAGCAUAUGCGACGAUAUUUAGCUUUGAGCUGAAUCUUUGAAAACCUUUUUGGGUUACAAUUUGAGGGAUGUGAACCGGGCAUGUUCUGGCUUCUAUGCACCACCAAAGGAUCGUUAGUAGUUUCAGUAUCACUUCUUAGAAUUAGAAUCACUUUCAUGGGACAACCCCCCUCACUUGGUAGGAAACAGGAGUGUACAUCUUGCACAUGUGGUAGACUUCUUACAGGUGUUUAUGGCAUGACUGCGGUUUCAAGAGAGUUCAAAGGAGUAGGCAGAUCACGAAGUAUGAAUGUUAUAAGUUUCGUUGUGGAGGACAGACUGUGAUACGAGCUGAAUGGUACGAGGACAGGUGGACACAAGGUGGGAGGAAAGCUCUCACAAGUGGAUCCACACCCCGAGCAGGAAGUCUUUAUGUACUUCUUUUCUAACAUCUGUCCCAGUACCGUCUCAAUGGGAGAUAUUGAAGAAAGUGCCUUAAGCUC